AUGGGUAUUCCCGUUAUACAAGUAUGUUGGGAGGAGGAUGGGAAUGAGGACAUUGAACAUGCCUUGUUGAGCUGCCGUAAGGUGCAAGCUGUUUGGACUACAGCAACAAUACCUACGGAUGGGGUUGUAAGGCUCUUGGGUCCUCCGACAAGUUUCCAAGCUUCCAAACUGAAAGUUGUGUUCAUGGGAAAGGGACUACUAAAUUAUUCUGCAGAUUUCACAGCCAACUUAACAUUCACAAUCUCUAAUGUCAUCAACCUUCAUCAGUUGAAAGGUUGGUAUAACAAGGAUGAUGUGGCUGCUGAGUGGAAGAAAGUGAAAGAGACCACGUUUCUGAACGUGCACUGUAAUGUAGGCGGUCCGAAUCUCUUGCUGCGGAGUUUAGAUAACCACAUUUUCUCCGAGGAGCUGCCUUUGCUAAGUUUUCCUCCAUUGAAUCAGGAAAAGAAUAGGACUAAACGAUGA